UAAGUCCUCUCAAUGAGUGGCAUUUGGAGAGAUUAACGUUAACCUCUCAAGUGAUCUAGUGUCAAAUAUUUCCUCCGCAAAGGUUGCUAUUUUUUGUUAACCGCUACAUCUCUGGUUAUUACUGCCCUCCGAAAACCAACAAAAAGAAAAGCACCUUGCACUAUUUGUAGCCCUAUUUCGCGUUUUGUCCUUCACUUGCAAUCAUAUCAACUCUCCAAUGGGGAGAAUGGGACAAGAAUCAGACUCCAAAGCCAAGUUAGUGUUAGAGAUUUGCUCCAUUUCCACGCGUUCCGUGGUGUGUGUUCAUACACUUUUCUCAAGAUCAGCCAAUGCGAUUUUUGUUGACUGGUAUUGCAUUCUUGGAGUGGAAGAAAAUGCAGGGGUGAACGCCAUUCGCAAACGCUACCACAAACUUGCCUUACAAGUUCACCCAGAUAAGAAUAAACACCCCAAGGCUGAAAUUGCUUUCAAGCUCGUUUCUGAGGCAUAUGCAUGUCUAUCUAAUGCAGAAAAGAGAGAAGCCUUUGACUCGGAGAGAUGCAAGCAUUUCUGCUUCGAGUGCAAAAGAAUUCCGUAUUCAUCUAGAAAUGUCCCUGGAAAUUCAAGUGGGUCAGGUUUUAAGGCAUGGAACAUCAUAACCAGAUCAAGAUCUUUCAAACUUUGGAGAAAUAUUAGGGACAUGAGGGAAAGAUUCAUGGACGAGGCUAAGGUUAUAGAAAACUGUUUGCGAACAAAUUCAAUGUCGAGGAAAGAAUCCCCACACUACAACUCAGUUGGCUUUCUAAAUAGAAGCAAGUCACUGCAAAGAUUCGAGAAAGAAACCCCAGUUUUCAAUCCAUCGGACUACUUGUACCAAGGCUACCCUCACCUGAGGGGCUAUAAUUACAAGAAUUCUUCGACAUUUUGGUACUUGCAGAGAAAUAGUAUGCUUCACAAUGGAAGGGGAGGAGCGCAGCAUGCCUCUCCAGUUUUUGAGGUCAAAUCGAGGAGUUUGUUUACUAGCAGAUUCGCUUUUGUCCCAUCAAAAUGUUAGCUCGAAACAAUUUUUUAACGCAAUGUGUUUGUCAGCUUCUCGCUUGUUUAAAGGAUUAACUGCAUUUCAUUAUGAAAUUGUCAUGUGAUAUA